CACCAGUGCAUGGUUCUCCUAAUGACUCACCACGUAAUACAUCCACUGCCACCCCUCCCCACACACAGUUACAGCCUAGUGCCAGUGCAAUAGUAACUGGUAUUGUUAAUAGACUUCGCACCCGACGCCGUAUCAAUGUAACUGCACAUACCUCUGGUACAACCAUCAAGAAACGCCGUGGACGACCACCUAAAGCAAAAACCAAAGCAAAACCAGCCCCCGUCCCUGGCAAUACCGGAGCCACCUGCGACUUAGCCACUGUUAUGAUGAUGAUCAGAGACCUAACCGAAAGUGUAAACGAGCUCCACGCCUUGAACAAAACAAACUCUGACCUAGUUAAGCAACUAGCGCGUAAGUCGGCAGACAAUGAGGAGCUCCAUAAGGAAAAUGCUGCACUCAGGGGCCAGAUCAAAUCUAACGCAAACCUGCCUAAGCCAAAAUCCCUGCUUAUUGGUUCAUCUAUUCUGCGCGAUGUUGAUGAAACCAAACUUGAAAACACUGAUGUUACAUGUAUACGCGGUGGAACUAUAUCGGAUGUACACAAGCGCCUGACUGAGAAGGCUGAUAGAUACGACAAAAUCUACCUUCAGAUCGGCAGCAAUGACUGCAAGCGUAACUCCGAUGUCGAACUCAUAUGUGAGAAUUAUAAGAUGCUACUUAAGGGAGCCAAACAGUGCUGCGAAUCUCUGGUUGUAUCAAGCAUUACGCCAAGAUUAGAUGACAACGAGGCCCAAGCGCGUGUCGAACAGGUCAAUGGCUUCCUCAUUUGCCAUUGUAUUGAUGAAGAUGUCAAGUACAUAGACAACGACACAACAUUCAAGUUACAAGAUGGCUCCAUCAACGAUGGUUUCCUUGCGCCUGACCAUCUACAUCUUGCUGACGCGGGAACAAAUCGGCUAAUUAAGAACUUGAAUAUAAAGACUAAUAUGUCCGAUAUAACCAAACCCAAAGAAACUCGUUUCCCUCCACGAAGACCCAACCAGAAACCCAAUGAACAACUAAGGCAAACCAGAAGCACAGCACCACCCCCCAUGAACAGUCAAACAUACGAGGCCCCGCAUCAACCACCCAGAAGACCUUCUACCCAUGCCACACGUAGACCUCCCAACCAUGUUCCUCAAAGACCCUCCAAAAACUCUAAUCCUAAACCCUCCCUGGACGGUUACAUACAAACAAACAAGCCCAAGCAAAGCAAUGCUUACCAGCCCCCCAGGCAACAUUCCAAUAUGAACACUGACAAUGUGCAAAAAUGCUUUAAAUGCAGUGAGACUGGGCACCUAGCCAAUUCUUGUUGGCACCCAGCCAUGGUACGCUGCCACGCCUGCAAGGAACUUGGGCAUAAGCAAUCCAAUUGCCCUAACACCCACCAGCACCAUAAUGGACAGUCUAAGCUUAAUGCUAACCACGCAAAUUUAGCUGGUCUCAGACACUCAUAUAAUAGUGAACCUAAUUAUGUGCCUAGCCUCUUGACCAGCAAUAGGUUUUCUGUAUUAGCAUAA